AUGUCUUUCGCGAAAUCCGAGUCUGCUUUGAUUCGAUCUCCCAUCUUGAAACGGCCUGGGACCAUGAGGGUGAUGACUCCGGCAUCGCUAAAUCUUGAACGUAUUUAUGAACAGAACCGACAACGACUUCAGAGGAGAGAGGGCAGCAGUACAAAACUGCCCGAAAACCUGAUCGAUGCUUCCUCCAAGGGCAAACCCAGGUUGCUCCUAAUGGGGCAACGCAGGAGUGGCAAGUCAUCUAUAUCAAGCGUAGUUUUUCACAAGCUGCCGCCAAAUGAGACGCUGUUUCUUGAAUCAACAGCGCGAAUCCAGAAAGACUCCAUGGCGUACGAUACUCUUUUCAUGACAUGCCAUCAUGCCGCCAGACAAUCUUUUAUGGACUUCCAAGUAUGGGAUUUCCCCGGACAGAUCGACUACUUUGAUAGUCCAAACUUUGAUAUGGAUGCCAUCUUUGGAGAGAUAGGAGCUCUCAUCUGGGUCAUCGACGCACAAGACGACUACAUGGAGGCCGUAUCACGGCUGAACCAAACAAUCAUAAAUCUCCAGCGUCAUUACCCAAACAUCAACAUCGAGGUCUUCAUCCACAAAGUCGACGGCCUCUCGGAUGACUACCGGCUGGACAUCGAGCGCGACAUCACGAUUCGAAUCCAGGACGAGCUAUCGGACCAAGGUUUCGAGAACGCCCCGGUUAGGUUCCACUUGACGUCCAUCUACAACCACAGCAUCUUCGAGGCCUUCAGUAAGGUCAUACAGAAGCUGGUCCCGCGGCUCGGUCAGCUCGAGGCCAUGCUCACGUCGCUGUGCCGCACCUGCCGGUUCGAAAAGGCGUACCUCUUCGACAUCCUCUCCAAGAUCUACAUCGCCACCGACAACGCCCCCGCCGACAUGGCCUCGUACGAGAUAUGCUCCGACUACAUCGACGUCGUGGUCGACGUCAUCGAGGUCUAUGGCUCGUGGAGGCGGCCCGACGACUACGUCGCCAAGCUCGAGGCCGACCAGGGCGGCCAGAAGCUCGAGGACCAGGUCGCCUGCAACUGGAACGAGAGCUGCAUCGUGCUGGCCGAUGACGAGAAGCCCGUCAUGCUGCGCGAGGUUGACAAUUGCCUGGCCCUCGUGGCCAUCAUGAAGGAGGGCACCUACGACAAGAUGCCGCUCGUCAACAUGAACGUCGACGUCGUCGUGAAGGGGCUGACGGAGUUUUUCAACAUUACGAAGCCUCGCAAGUGA